AUGGCCCUGUUUAGCUCGGGUGUACUGCCGCAAGGAGGAGGGGUAAGUCGCAGGGGUAGGACGCACGGGGGUGACACGUAUGGCCAGGCCGUCAUGGAUUCCCUCGCUCCUGUCCCCACCUGCUCCUCUCCUCCCGUCCUCAACCCUGCUCCGCUGCUCUCGCCCCCACCCCUGCUCCUCUGCUUCCAUCCUCUCUCUUCCCAUCCUCUCUCCCCCCAUUCUGACCCCUCCCAGGUGGGACUUCAGAUUCUCCUGGCAGCCAGCUCAUCAUCCAUCGUCAUCCGAGCCGCCAAGUACAAUGCUCGCCCCCUCAGUGGCGUGCCUACCAUACGCGUUUCUACUGUCAUCUCUCCUCCCGACCCGUCCCCUUCCCCCGUGGGCCUUCAGAUUCUCCUGGCAGCCAGCUCAUCAUCCAUCGUCAUCCGAGCCGCCAAGUACAAUGCUCGCCCCCUCUGUGGCGUGCCUACCAUACGCGUUUCUACUGCCAUCUCUCCUCCCGACCCGUCCCCUUCCCCCGUCAGGUGGGCCUUCAGAUUCUCCUGGCAGCCAGCUCAUCAUCCAUCGUCAUCCGAGCUGCCAAAUUCUACUGGCGGCCAGCUCAUCAUCCAUCGUUGGCCUUCAGAUUCUCCUGGCAGCCAGCUCAUCAUCAUUCUAUCAUCUGAGCCGCCAAGUGCGACCCUCGCCUUCUGUGCUGCCCUCUCUCCCCUCACCCCCCACCAGGUGGGACUUCAGAUUCUCCUGGCAGCCAGCUCAUCAUCCAUGGUCAUUCGAGCCUCCUGUGCCCUCCUCUCCUCCCUUCCGCUCCCCUUUUUGCCUCCUCCCUCCCUCUCCUCUUUUAGCCUGGUGGUGGGCGUGGGCUUUCCUGUGUUCCGCUCGUUUAAAGCCAUUGAGGAGGGCUCUCAGGCGGAUCGCAACCGAUGCCUUGCGUACUGGUCAGUGUACGGUUGCUUUCGGGUAGUGGAGACAAUCACAGACAGGAUCAUAUCAUGGCUACCCUUCUACCAGCAUAUCAAGCUCCUCCUGCUGCUCUGGUUGCAGCUGCCUUCCACCUCCUUCUCCCGCCCAGCCACGGGUGCAGGGCGGCUGUACGCUAGUCACCUGAGGCCCGUGCUGCUGCGCUACCGGCGGCACAUUGACGGGGCGCUAAUGAGCAUUGACCGGUACAUGGAUUCCUCGUCCCAUGCCCAGAGGGAAGAGCUCAUGCGCCCUCCUUCUCUUUCUGCCCAGCUUCUUCCACACUGCUCCCUCUCCUCUUGUUCUUCACCUCAUCCCAUUGCCCAACUCCCCUCCACCUCUUCUUUCCCUUCCUCCCACAGGCGUCCUGGUUUCACGGCCACCAGGGAUGGCUCAUGUGCCGUCGCGUCCUGGUUUCACGUCCACCAGGAGGAGCUCUCUGCUGCAGCAUGCGUCUUGGUUCCGCGCGCACCAGGAGGAGCUCUCUGCUGCAUCUCAUCGCAUCCUCAUUGCACCGUCACCUCCAUCUUUCCCUCCUCUUCUCCCCAUCCUCCCUUCCCUAGGCGUCCUGGUUCCACGCGCACCAGGAGGAGAUCUCUGCUGCACAUUUUCCUAUCUCUCUCAUUGUUCCUCACCGCACCUCCCCCUCCCCUUCAGGCGUCCUGGUUCCACGCACACCAGGAGGAGCUCUCUGCUGCAGCACGCAUGGCCCAGUCUGCAACCAGGGCAGCACUUGCUACUCUGGACUCUGCAGUCCCUUCAGCUGCAACUUCCCUCCCGCCCGCUGCUGCUGAUGGUCCUUUUGCUUUGACUCAAUCGUCGCCCCUCACUUGCUGCACUGGAAUCUGCAGUCUCCAGCUGCUGCUUCCCUCCCACCCGCUGCUGCUGAUGGUCCUUACGAUUCCAUUCAAAUGCCGCCUCCUGUUCCCCUCGUCCCCUCCCUGUCCCCAUCGUCCCUACCCCCCAGCACUUGCUGCUUUGGACUCUGCAGUCUCGCCAGCUGCUGAGCCCGUCCCACCUGCUGCUGCUGAUGAUUCCCCUGCUGCCACGUCAGCAGGAGAUGCUGACACCAGGAAUGAUGUCAGCAGAGCCAACAGGGAUGGUGGUGAGCUGCAUGACGUGGCAGAUGGAGGGGAGUCGGGGGAGGAAGGGCACGGGGGAGGGGGGAGCGGGAUGGGGGGAGGGAGAAGGUUCUCAUGCCGCCCUUUUCCGUCACCGCGCUCUUUCCGCCCUUUCCGCUCUGCUGCGUGGCGCCUUGGCGCUGCUGAAUUAAUGAGCGGACAUUCCCCCUUCCGCCCUCUGCGCCCUCAGCGCGCUUUGUGCCGCCUGCUCCCUCUGCGCCUCCCCGCAUCGAUGAUUUCCGCGCCUCCUCACGCGUCGCCGCUUCGCCAUUGGCUGAUCCUGUUGCUCUUUUCGCUCUCUUUCUCCCCGCACCAUUACAACGUGCAACUGGCAGGAGUAUGGAAGGCUCAAACCAGCGAUCGCCUGAACAACGGGAGCCACGUGGGAGUCCCUUCCGCGCAGGAGCCACGUGGAUCCACGCGGGAGCCACGAGGGAGCCGACUGGUGGCGCGCGCGGUCAGUGCUCUGUUGGCUGCAGCUCACCCUUCGAUCUGA